CAUUUCCCAAUCUGAAAAUUAGUCUGCUGAAACUGGAGAUACCCUUUUGCAUUUGCUUCCUGAUUUCCAUCUUAUUAAGGUAAAUUUAUCAGUUAAAGUAAUGGUGGUUCACCCUUUCACUGUCUGAAGAAACUUACUCUUUGCUGUUUUACUUUGAUCAUAUUUUCGUUUACAAGAUCGGUUAUUUCUUUUUUUAUGAGUGUAUUUGAUCCCUAUUUUGUUGGUUUAUUGUGAUUAAGCUGUUGUUUAAGAAAUAAGAAGGUAGUAUGAUUUUUUGGAGUGAGGGUGAGGAAGGGCAAUAAUUUGUCAAGUUUUCACAUGGGUUUAAACUGAGAGGCCUUAGGUCUUCAUACCUUUGAGAGAGCUUGUUGCCAUUAUGGCGCAUUUCAUUUCUACCUCUUGUUCUUUGAAUAUCUCAUCCAGCUGCACAAAACCACAACAUUUGUUAAGAAACCAGAAUUCUGUAAGAUUUUCAGCAUCUUUUAGUUUGAGGACGGCCCCCUUUGCAUCAGAGAAACUCAUCUUGCAUUGCAAAGGGCCUAGAGGAUUCUCCACCAUCAAUGCUAAGGCUGUUUCUUUUAGCCAAGAAUCCAAAACUGAGCCUGCCUCUAGUGUUCCUCCAAAGGGUGGUGAAUCUGCUGACCGGAAGAAGGUAAUGGUUAUUGGUGGUGAUGGUUAUUGUGGCUGGGCUACGGCUCUCCAUCUAUCAAACAAAAACUAUGAAGUUGCUGUUGUAGACAACCUUGUUCGCCGCCUUUUCGACCACCAGCUUGGCCUUGACUCCCUUACGCCCAUUUCUUCUAUCCAUAACCGCAUUCGACGUUGGAAAUCCCUCACUGGCAAAGAUAUUCAACUCUACAUUGGUGACAUAUGUGACUUUGAGUUCCUUUCUGAAACUUUUAAAUCAUUUGAACCUGAUGCUGUUGUUCACUUUGGAGAACAACGAUCUGCCCCUUACUCCAUGAUUGAUCGGUCAAGAGCUGUUUUUACCCAACAUAAUAAUGUGAUUGGGACGCUUAAUGUUCUCUUCGCUAUAAAGGAGUUCAGAGAGGAUUGCCAUCUUGUGAAGCUUGGGACCAUGGGAGAAUAUGGGACUCCGAAUAUAGACAUUGAAGAAGGAUACAUCACAAUUACCCAUAAUGGAAGGACAGACACUCUUCCUUAUCCCAAACAAGCAAGUUCAUUCUAUCAUUUGAGUAAGGUCCAUGAUUCCCAUAAUAUUGCAUUUACUUGCAAAGCCUGGGGAAUUAGAGCCACUGAUCUGAACCAGGGAGUAGUCUAUGGCGUAAGAACUGAUGAGACUGCAAUGCACGAUGAACUAUGUAACAGAUUUGAUUAUGAUGGAAUAUUUGGAACUGCUCUGAAUCGGUUCUGUGUCCAGGCUGCCGUUGGUCAUCCACUUACAGUCUAUGGAAAAGGAGGCCAGACCAGGGGAUACCUCGAUAUAAGGGACACUGUGCAAUGUGUUGAACUGGCAAUAGCCAAUCCUGCACAACGAGGAGAGUUCAGGGUUUUCAAUCAAUUCACUGAGCAGUUUUCUGUCAAUGAACUUGCUGCUCUAGUAACAAAAGCAGGAGAAAAACUUGGUAUUGAGGUGAAAACUAUUUCUGUGCCUAAUCCCAGGGUAGAGGCAGAGGAGCAUUACUAUAAUGCCAAACAUACUAAGCUCGUCGAGUUGGGUCUGAAGCCGCACCUGCUUUCUGACUCUCUUCUCGACUCACUGCUCAACUUCGCUAUUCAGCAUAAGGAUCGUGUUGAUACUAAGCAGAUUAUGCCAAGCGUUUCUUGGAAAAAGAUUGGCGUCAAGCCAAAGACUCUUGCAGCGUAA